AUGAGCUGUGGUGCUGCUGAAUUAAAUGAUUGCCUCAGCUUAAUAUUCAAAUAUUUACAGCGGCUGAGCGCUAUGCUCUUCUCGUCCGCUGCUCUUCCGCUGGUUCAUCCACCUGUCGUGCUGCUCAUCAAAAUUAUCAUAUUCCGAGCUCUGCCGAGCAUCAGUAGUGUUGGUGCACCUGUUCGUCAGCAAACAUAUCCAUUUCGCACGCACGUUAUAAUUUAA